AUGAAGUUCACCACUCCUUUCAUCGUUGCUUCUCUCCCUUUCAUGGUGCUUUCCAGUCCCAUUGAGAAACUUAUUUCUAUUCCAAUUAGAAAAAGGGGUCCCGCCACCACUCGUGAUGGCGUUGUCGACAUGACGGUUGUCCGGAACCACCUUGCCCAUGUCACCGCCAAAUACGGCGCCGGCCUGAAGAAGGACACUGACUCAGUGCAUCCUGCCGCUCGGAACGGAGUGACCCACACCUCGAAGAGGGGUGACGGUACUGUUGCCUUAACAGACGACAGGAACCUAUUGUGCGCGAGCUCUACUUCCGUCAAUACGCAAAACACCUUUAAUCUAUCUUAUGGCGACCAGUCUUCCUCUAGCGGACAGAUAUACACUGACGUUGUCACUGUGGCCGGGCUCACCGCCCAAGGUCAAGCCCUGGGAUCCGCCACCGUCUACACGCAGUUUCAGAAUCGAACCCCAGAUGGCAUCAUAGGCAUGGCCUGGCCAAACGCUUCUUACUUCAACAACACUGGUACACCCUUCUUCACCACCCUCGUCCAACAGAAAGCCCUCUCCCAAAAUCUCUUCGCUUUCUACCUGUCAGCCUACCUGUCAGGCGUCGGCUCGCUCCACCUUGGCGGACUUGACCCAUCGAUCUAUCAUGACCCUAUUACCUACACCCCUGUGACCAGACAGCAUUGGUGGCAGGUUGGACUCGAUAGUGUCAAUGUUAAUGGGGCGGCGGUGGGCAGCAAUCUAUCGGCCGUUGUCGAUUCAGGCACCACUUAUAUUCUUGGUGAUCCGGACACAGUUGAGAAGCUCUAUAACGCUAUUGGCGGUGCCCCUCUUGAAAACAGCAAUGGCAUGUAUACUUAUCCCUGUCACACUGUUCCUCAAGUUUCCUUCACAUUCAGCGGAGCUUCGUAUUCCAUUAGUUCCUUCUUCGGCCUCGGCCAUAUCACCAAUGGUUCAACCAACUGCCUUGGUGCCAUUAUGAGUAGUCCUACCCUUACGAAUUCCUUCUGGAUCCUUGGUGACAGCUUUUUGAGGAACGUUUAUGCUGUCUUCGACGUUGGCAACUCCCGCGUUGGAUUCGCUAAACCAAACGAUAUAGUCAGCACUGAGAAAUAA